UAUAUAUAUAUAUAUAUGACUAUCUUGCAUCCCAUUGAAGUGCUCUUUGUCAAGACGUGGCACCCUCUUGCUACUCUGAGGGAACAAUAUCAGAAUUUAUAUUCCUCUAAAAAAGCUUUCAAGAGGAUGUGGAAGUUGAAGAUCGCAGAUGGAGGGCCAGGGCUGGUUAGCGGGAACAAUUUCAUCGGGCGACAACACUGGGAAUUCGACCCUGAUGCCGGCACUCCUGAAGAACAUGCUCAAGUUGAAAAGGCUCGCCAGGAGUUCAAGAAUAAUCGGUUUCGGGUGAAACAAAGCGCUGAUCUUCUCAUGAGGAUGCAGCUUAGGAAGGAGAACCCAUGUCCACCAAUUCCACCACCAGUGAAAGUAAAAGAAACAGAGGUGAUAACAGAGGAAACAAUGAUUACUACACUGAGAAGAGCAUUAAGCUUUUACUCCUCCAUUCAAGCUCAUGAUGGCCACUGGCCUGCUGAAUCUGCUGGCCCCUUGUUUUUCCUUCAACCCUUUGUAAUGGCACUAUACAUCACUAGAGAUCUCAAUGCUAUUUUUUCACCAGCACACCAGAAGGAAAUUAUUCGAUACUUGUAUAAUCAUCAGAAUGAAGACGGAGGUUGGGGAUUCCAUAUAGAGGGUCACAGCACAAUGUUUGGGUCAGCUUUGAGCUACAUUGCCUUGAGAAUACUUGGAGAGGGACCUGAAGAUGGUGAAGAUGGGGCUAUGGCUAGAGGCCGCAAAUGGAUCCUUGACCAUGGUAGUUUAACGGCUAUUCCUUCAUGGGGAAAGUUUUGGGUCACGGUACUAGGAGUGUAUGAGUGGUCAGGCUGCAAUCCACUGCCCCCAGAGUUCUGGCUUCUUCCUAAAAUCCUCCCCAUUCAUCCAGGUAAAAUGUUAUGCUACAGUCGCUUGGUUUACAUGCCAAUGUCUUAUUUAUAUGGGAAGAGAUUUGUUGGUCCAAUCACUGGAUUGAUUCGAUCACUAAGACAAGAGUUAUAUAACGAGCCUUACCACCAAAUUAACUGGAAUAAAGCUCGGUAUACAGUUGCAAAGGAGGAUCUCUAUUAUCCGCAUUCCCUCAUACAAGAUAUGUUAUGGGGAUUUCUUCACAAUGUAGCAGAGCCUUUCAUGGCAUAUUGGCCCUUUUCAAUGUUGAGAGAGAAGGCACUAAAAGCUGCAAUUGGUCAUGUACAUUAUGAGGACGAGAACAGCAAAUACCUUUGCAUUGGAAGCGUUGAAAAGGUAAUAUGUUUGAUUGCAUGUUGGGUUGAAGAUCCAAGCGGGGAGGCAUACAAGCUCCAUCUAGACAGGAUUCCAGACAACUAUUGGGUUGCUGAAGACGGCUUAAAAAUUCAGAGUUUCGGCUGUCAGAUGUGGGAUGCGGGUUUUGCUAUUCAGGCAAUUCUCUCUUGUAAUCUAAACGAAGAGUAUUGGCCAACACUUCGUAAAGCACAUGAAUUCAUAAAGGCUUCACAGGUCCAAGAAAACCCUUCUGGGGACUUCAAAGCUAUGUACCGCCACAUCAGCAAAGGAGCAUGGACAUUCUCGAUGCAUGACCAUGGUUGGCAAGUCUCUGACUGCACCGCUGAAGGGCUGAAGGUUGCAAUCUUGUUCUCACAAAUGCCUCAGGACCUAGUUGGGGAAAAAAUUGAGACAGAGCGGCUUUAUGAUGCCGUGAAUGUCAUUCUUUCUCUACAAAGUAGCAAUGGUGGUUUCUCAGCAUGGGAGCCUCAAAGAGCAUAUGGUUGGUUGGAGAAGUUCAACUCCUCAGAGUUCUUUGAAGAAGCCCUUAUUGAGCGAGAGUACGUAGAGUGCACUUCAUCUGCAGUUCAAGGCCUAGUACUCUUUAGGAAGUUCUAUCCUAGGCACCGGAGGACGGAGAUAGACAGUAGCAUUUCCAUGGGAAUUCAAUACAUUGAAAACGUGCAAGAACCUGAUGGAUCAUGGUAUGGUCAUUGGGGGAUUUGCUACACCUAUGGUACAUGGUUUGCUGUAGGGGCACUGGCAGCAUGUGGAAGAAACUACAAAAAUUGUCUUGCAAUUCGCAAAGCUUGUGAAUUUUUGCUAUCAAAAGAGCUACCUAAUGGCGGAUGGGGAGAAAGUUACCUAUCAAGCCAAAACAAGGAAUGGAUGAAUAUAGAAGGCAACCGUGCAAAUUUGGUACAAACCGCAUGGGCCUUGUUAUCCCUCAUUGAUGCUGGGCAGGCCGAGAUAAACCCAACACCAAUUCAUCGUGGAGUAAGAGUAUUGAUCAAUUCACAAAUGGAGGAUGGCGACUUCCCUCAACAGGAAAUCACUGGAGUAUUUAUGCGAAACUGUGCACUAAACUACUCAUCAUAUCGAAACAUUUUUCCGAUAUGGGCUCUUGGUGAAUAUCAAAGGCGAGUUUUGUGUGCAUGAUUACCUGAAUGCAUAAGCAAAGGAUUGCAUAUUGAACUUCAAGAGCUCAAAUUAGCUUGAAAGAGAUUGGUCUAUCCAAUAUAUACCAAAUAAAUGUUGAGAAAACUUAGCAAAUAAAUGUAGAAAAUUCUAAAAUUGUUGAUGUAAGACAAACAGCUUGCAACUCAAUCAUGUAAUGUAAUACAAUAUUUGUGGAAGUUAAAUGUGCAAUAUCAUGUAAUAAUAAACCUUAUAGUUUUUUUCAAGUUUUUUUUUCUGUUUUUUUCUAAAUUUCUAAUGAAGGAUCAUGUUGCAUCA